GAGACUUAGGCAAUUUUACAAGCUUUUCUAACUGGCUGCUGCAUCAAGAAGAACACAAAUCUACUCAACCUCUGAAGUUAGUUCCAUUUAUUUGUGUUUUCUGAGAAACCUGAAAAAAAUACUUAGGCAAUUAGUUUAGAAAGGUGACGACGUGCAAACACAUUCAACCGAUUAUUUCUUAAUUUCCUCAAAAAUGCUACAAAUAGGCAAUCAUAUCUCAGAUAUUUAUAGAUUUGUAAAAUACAUCAUAGCACUGAAGACAAAAUAAACACAGUGACCCACAUUAAAAUGAACCUCUAUCUCCCUAAAUAGCAAAAUCAUACAGAAUCUUUAAAGCCUGCCCAACUGUAACAAUAAACACACUUGAAAAAAUAUUGAACCAGUUCCAUCUGGUUCUGGUUUGUCAUAUGAAAUGUCUUUGAAGAGAAGGAUCAGACAAGCUAAGGAAGGUCCACCCAGACCCCUGCAGAAGUUUUGUAAGCCCCAGCAACCCAUGCUUAGCACAAAAAAAAUAAACCACAUUCCUCAGACUCUUCCCCAUAUUGUUCAUCUAAAAGAAACAUAUAGAAUAGCAAGCUUGUGAUGGGGCGGGGAAAUCUCCUUUAUAUAAUAACUUUUUAUGCUGUACAGCUGCAGACAACACAGACGAGUCAUCAGAACACUGUCCAGUGAUUUGCAGGACUGUAACCAAUCCUCGAAAAAUAAAAUGAAAGACGCAGAACUCAAUGAAAUUGACCCGGAAAAGCAGCCAGUGGCCAGAGAGACGCAAACAGGUAACGAAAAGAAUGGUUACGCCAAAGUAUCGAUUCCAGGAGACAUGAGAGUUAAGUUGAGUGGCCUAACCAAAGACGAGUUAAUGAAAAUCGCUGGUACAGUCUGGUGGAUUCGGGCUCGCUGGUUUUUGCUGGUUCUGUUCUGGCUUGGCUGGGUUGGCAUGUUAGCUGGGGCAGUAGUAAUCAUAGUACACGCCCCACGGUGUAAACCCAUUCCUGAGAUGAACUGGUGGAAUGAAGGUCCUCUCUACCAGAUAUCUAAAGUCAAUGAAUUCUCUGACAAUGGAUUAAAAGGAGUUGAGGAGAAACUGGACUAUCUGAACCAUAUGAAGGUAAAAGGUCUUGUUUUGGGACCGAUACACACAGUGCAAGCCGACCAGCUGAGCACUUUAGAUUUAACUUCUAUAAAACCUGAAGUAGGCACUGAGAAGGAACUGGAAAGCCUGCUGGACCAAGCACACAUAAAAGGUAUCCCCAUAGUGCUGAAUUUAACACCCAACUAUGAAAGAAAUUCGGCCUGGUUCAGCAAUGCUUCCUCUGUUGCUGAAAAACUCAGAGAAGCAUGCAAGUACUGGUUAAAUAAAGGAUUUGACGGUAUUUUUCUGUCUGGGCUGAGUGACAUCGUCAACACAAACACCUGGACAUCUAUACAAGCUAUAUUCAACAAAACUGACGCGACCCCAAUAAAAGCUCUGAUGGGCUCAGUAACUGGUGUCUCUGUGGAUGAUGUCUCUCGCCUGCUGAACAGCUCAGGUGUUGACCUAUUUACAACUCAACUGUUGGAUCCAAUCAAGGCCCAGGAAGUGCAGAAACUCUACAAUAAUCACUUACAGAGCAGCCUGGCAUGGAGCCUAAGUGGACAAACCCUGGGCACAGUGGCAUCCACAAGACCAGCAGAACCCAUACGGCUCUGUCACAUCCUCCUGUUUACACUACCGGGCACACCUGUGGUUAACGCUGGAGAUGAGGUUGGACUUAAAGCAGGGGAAAAGCUUCAAACCAUGUGGGACUUGGAAAGUCCAGCCGAGACCAAUGCAACAGCAAAGGCUGUGCAGGAGGAGCGUAUCGCAGUUCGUGAUUUCUUCAAAACACUCAGUGACCUUAGGGGGAACGAGCGAGCUCUCCUCCAUGGUGAAUUUAUAAACCUUAACAACGCUAGCUCUUCAUUAGCAUUUCUCCGCCUUUGGGACCAAAGCGAACGCUUCCUUACCGCCAUUAAUUGGGGAAAUAGCCCUGUUACCAUGACACUCAGUAACAGUGACUUGCCAGCUCAAGCUAAGGUUCGCAUCAGCACAGAUGCAGCAAAUUUUGCUGUGGAUAGCAUGGUGUCAUUGGAGAAGUUUCAGCUUGGGCCACAACAGGCUGUUCUGCUGUCUUAUCCUUAUGCUGGUUAGACACAGAUAUAUAUGCAGAUUUUCAUUUACUCUCUUGGUAUUGUCUUUGUAAAAAGAGGUCUCAAAAAUAAGAAUCUUUUUGCAAAAUACAAGUUUUAUGUAUCUUCAGAAAUUUAAAGUUAAGGUAUGUUUUAAAUGAAGAGUUUGGUUCCAAAACGCGAUAAACGCAUUUUUGAAUAAAAUGAGUUACUGCCAAAAUGAUUAUUAUAUCAGGUCAGUAUUUAAAAGUAAAUUCUUAAUUUUAAGCAAAAUCCAAUAUCCGCUGAGUUAUUCUGUCAUCUUUUCUCCCUUUUUUCCCAAAACGCGAUAAACGCCACUCCUCCUUUUCUACAGAACGCAAUAAAUCCGCUCCACAAAUUACAGCGCACCAUUUCACGCAAUGUAAACAAACAACGGCGGCGCGUUGAGUACACAGAGUCCUAGUUUUCCUCAUCUACUUUGUACUUCAUGAUCAACAAACAAACAAAAACAAAAUAAUACUUUAAUUGCAUUGAUAAACCUGUGAUGGUUUUCUGUGACGGGAAAGAAAUGUAAGCUAUCAAAUUCUAAUAAUUUACGCGAGAGGCACUCAUUUAUAUUUUUAAUCAGUGUGUACAACUGUUCAACUAAAUUAAUAUAAAAUGGCAAAGAUGAAUGCACAUUUGUACAUUGAUUGAAUAGAUUUAUAGCAUUUUGAAAAAAAAACUGUCAUGGAUUAAUUGCAUUUUGUGGGAAAAAUAAUUCAUUUUUAUAACAAAUCUUUGAAAAUCAAGUUAUGGAUUUGAAUUUUUUAUGUUUUUAUAACCUAAAUAUGCUAUGUGAAAGUUUGUAACAGAAAAUAGUGGUUUUCAUCUUGUCACUUUCUUGAAAACACGUUUUUACCGAAAUUUGUCAAAAUGGACUUAUUGCGUUUUGGAACCAAACCCUUCAAAUGUUUUCUCAAUGAUAUAUAUUUCUUAUGUUUUAUAACAGUAACAUUACACACACAAAAAGUGAAUGAAUAAAAAAAGUCUGUCACAACUGUUUGAGAACACAA